AUGGACCCUACAAAGGCCCCAGGCUUUGUUCCGCCUUCUGAUAAGGAACCAUUACCUCUUCCUUCUCCUGCAGAAAGAAUCCCUAAGAGCGACCCUAUUCAGAGGUACGUCCUCGCCGAUGUCGGGAAUGAUAUCGAUGCUCCCAUCAGUUAUCACGAACGCAGUCAGAUGUCAAGCGAGGCCAGGCAUCGUUCGACAAAGAAGAAAUCAAGAGCAGGAUCUACUUCCUCGAUCCCUAGAAUAUCCUCGGACUUGCAGAAAUCAGACUCGUCUUCCUCAGGUGACGAAAUUAAUGACGACAAGAUAACCAAUAUAUCUCCAGACAAUAACGACAUGACUAAUAAGGCAAAUACCUCGGUACCUCACAAAUCUUCUGCUACCAGUUAUUGUGAUGAUGCUGUAUGUGGCAGUACCUCGGCGACCAGCUCGGUCUUAUCUAAAGGAUUGAAAAAACUCUCUGUUGACCCAAAUUACUCUCCUUCUUCGUACACCAGUGACGACUUAUCAGGGAAACCAAUCCUCGGGGCAGAUUUGGAAGAAGUUCCGUAUGGAGUGUCUCGCCAAGCCAGAAGUCUUGAAAAAUAUGAAUUCCCUACCCAUCGUCUCAAGACUAAACUUCACGAUAACUCUAAAUACCCCCUUGUCAUCGUUGCUUGCGGGUCGUUUUCUCCGAUUACUUACCUUCAUUUGCGGAUGUUUGAAAUGGCUCUCGAUGCCAUCCAAGAAAAUACCAAGUUCGAAGUAAUUGGUGGGUUCUACUCCCCGGUGUCUGAUCACUACAAGAAGAGUGGGUUAGCUCCCGCAGUGCAUCGGGUGAGGAUGUGCGAAUUGGCAUGUGAGAGAACCAGUAAUUGGCUCAUGGUCGACGCUUGGGAAACAUUACAGCCAACUUAUACAAGAACCGCUCUUGUUCUCGAUCACUUCAAUGAGGAAAUCAAUGUCAAAAGAGGCGGGAUCAUGUCUGCCGAUGGCAAAACCAAGCGUGGAGUGAAAAUUAUGCUUUUGGCCGGAGGUGAUUUGAUUGUCAGUAUGGGCGAGCCAAACGUGUGGGCUGAAAACGAUUUGCAUCAUAUUUUGGGCUCGUAUGGUUGUUUGAUUGUUGAACGAACUGGAAGUGAUGUUAGAAGUUUCCUUCUCAGCCAUGACAUUUUGUAUGAGCACCGUAAGAACGUUUUGGUGAUUAAACAAUUGAUUUAUAACGAUAUUAGUUCUACAAAAGUGAGAUUAUUCAUUAGAAGAGGGAUGAGUGUGCAAUACUUGUUACCAAACUCUGUCAUUAGAUAUAUUCACGAACACAAGCUAUAUUUCAACACCACAGAACCCGUUAAACAAGUGAUGGGCAAUAAUGAUUAA